GUGCUGCGGACGGCGUUCCUGCUCCUGCUGCUCGCCAGCGCCACCUGGCUCCUGGGGCUGAUGGCCGUCAACAGCGACGUCAUGACCUUCCACUACCUCUUUGCCGUUUUCAGCUGCCUGCAGGGGCUGUUCAUUUUCUUCUUCCACUGUGUAUUUAACAAAGAAGUCAGGAAGCACUUGAAGAACACUUUAACUGGGAAGAAACCUCUUCCAGACGAUUCCACUGCAACAAGAGCUACAUUAUUAACUCGAUCUCUGAACUGCAACAACACAUACAUAGAAGAGCCAAAUAUGUAUCGCACAGCGAUCGGGGAAUCCACUGUCUCCCUAGAGAGCACCGUCAGGUCAGCCAAGAGCCACAAUAGCUACCUUGCUUAUAUUCUCAGGGAUGAAGCUGCUCAUAAGCUCAGUGGAUCCUCAAGCCAAGCAAGGGCUGGUCAGACUGAAGCAGAUUCCUCCAUUUUUCAUAGGAAUCCAUCAAAAUCUAAUGAGCACGACUCAGACUCCGACAGCGAGCUGUCCCUGGACGAGCACAGCAGCUCUUACGCCUCCUCCCAUUCAUCAGACAGUGAGGAGGAUGGGAUGGAGACAGAGAAGAAGUGGAACACAUCCACUUCCAAAAAUAACGAACAUGGACCACUCCACAGCACACCCAAAGAGUGUGUAACGGCCAGUGACAGCGAGGACCCCAGCGGGAAGCAGAAGCUCAAAGUCGAGACCAAGGUCAACGUGGAGCUUCACAGGGAGAACCAGGUGAACCACAGCAGCGACACGCCGCAGGACAAGGAGAACGAAGGGCAGCAGAAGGAGAACAGACCUCUGUCCCACCAGAAUAACCAGCAGCCAGAGCAGAGGAAAGGCAUCUUAAAAAAUAAAGUCACCUACCCUCCCCCGCUGGUGGACAAGAACAUGAAGAAUCGGCUGCGGGAGAAGCUCUCGGAUUACAGCCAGCCCACGGCCCCCUGCAGGACUGCUCCCCUGGGCACCAGUGAUGGGGUCUGCUCUCCCCCCUCCGACUCGGGGGUGACGGUGAAAAGCGCUCGCAGGGAGCAGUCCCGAGAGCAGCUCAACGGCAUGGCCAUGAACGUCCACGUGGGAACAGGGCUUGCUGACACCUCGGACUCAGAGUAAGUGCCACACUGGGGUGCCCUGGCAGACCUCCCAUGGCUCUCGUCCCUCCCUCCUCUUUCCAGCCUC